AUGGACGAUUACGAAAGGGACUCCAGCUCUGAGAACGAGCACGAGCAGGAGGACGACAUCACUAUGAACGAUGCCGACGCCGACAACGACGCCGAUGAUGACAACGAUAAUGACAAUGAUAACGACAAUCCCGAGCACGACGAAGACGACAACGACAACGACGAUGAUGAUGAUGAUGAUGAUCAGGACCAACACGACGACGAGGACGACGACGGCCAAGAGCAACAGCCCAGUGGCUUAAAUGGGGCCGCCAAUGCCGCUGCCGCUCGAUCAUCAGCUACACCAGGACCGCACUUGACACCCAAGUGGCAGCCCACAGUAAGCCCUGAAGUCCUCAACGCCAGGACGUACGAUAUCGUGCCUACCAUGGCCGCCCCCAUGGCCACCAGCGUCAAUGCGAUAGCCAUCACCCCUGAUCUCCGCUACUGGAUGACAGGUGGAAGCGACGGGUAUAUACGGAAGUACGAUGGGCCAGGCACAAUCAACGGCAAGACCCUUUUAACCGUAGCGCAACGUCACCCUUUCGUCGAUUCGGUCACCAAAGCUGGCGUGCUGAUGUCGUACUGGGAGAACGCCGAGCCCUCAACUGCCUCGGCGCGUCAGGAAGAUGUCGUCCUCAGCCCCGUGUACAGUUUGGCCGUGCAGUCGCAAGCCCUUUGGCUCCUGUCGGGCCUCGAGAGUGGAGGAAUCAACUUGCAAAGCGUCCGCCACGACGAGGGAAAGCGCAUCACCUGCUUGCAAAAGCACACCAAUGCCGUCAGCGUGCUGUCUCUUACCCCCGACGAGAAGAGUGUCUUGAGCGGAAGUUGGGACAAGAACAUAUUCGAUUGGGAUCUGAACACCGGGCUAGUAUCUCGGCAGUUUGACGGCAGGGGUGGCCAAAUUUCCGCCAUUGAGAUCAGACCGGCUGGCGGUGCACCAGUACCUCCGGAGGCUGCCGAGGAGCCAGCCCCGAGUGACACUCUAUCUCAUGACAAUGGCCAGCCUGGCACCGACGAUGACUACGGAUUUGGAGUAGACGGCGGGUUCGGCGUCAAUGGCAAGAUGGAAUCGAAUGGCGCUGGUGCUAGUGGCAACAAUACCCAGCCGCCAAACGGAGCCGACGGCAUGGGGGACACCCAAGGCAGCCCUGCUAAUGACAGUCUGUUCGGAGGCAGUCCAGCUGGAGGGUCAGAUCUCUUUGGCGACGACGACGGGAUGGGAGCUUUUGGGGGUGACGACGAGAACGAGUUCUCGCGCGCCAUGAGGCAGGACACGGCACGGGACGCUGAUGCGGAUGCGGAUGCCACAUUGGGAGAUUACGCUAUAUCUGGGCCGUCGUUCGAUGCUGGAGCUGGCUCGGCACUCACUGUCCAGCCAGCGCCGGAGCCCCUGAAGCAAGACCCAGGGUCCCUCUUUGGGGAUAGCAAUAUCGACUCGUUCGACGAAAGCCUCGCGAAUGGCAACAACAACAACAAUGAGCCCUCAUCGAUCCCACCCGUGCCAGACUUUCCGAUACCCCCUGUGAGUGAUGCCUCGCUGCCGACGGAAAGCACCGUCAUGUCGUCAACUGUGAUACCAGCGACCCAUGACGUGGCACCGCAGUCGCCAUCAACCGUGCUCGCGGCGCCAUCCACACUACAGCACGACGCCACGCAAACAUCAGACAGCACCUUCCUUUCGGCGUCGAUCGAUGGGAUGCUACGGGUUUGGGACAGGCGGAUGCCCAACCCCGUUGCGAGGAUAGGUAAUCGACCCGGUGUGCCUCCGUGGUGUAUGGCAGCAUGCUGGAGCCCCGACGGGAACUGGAUCUACGCCGGACGUCGGAACGGCACGGUCGAGGAGUUCAACAUACACAACGCGAGGGGAGGGCGGGCCGGCUGGCAGCCAGAGCGAGUGUUCAAGUUCCCUGGCGGCAGCGGGCCCGUGAGCUGCGUGCGGCCCAUGGCCAACGGACGGCACCUCAUCUGCGCAUCCCACGACAUCCUCCGCCUCUACGAUCUCCGCUCCGAGCAUCAUUCGGUCAAGCACUCUCCGCCGCCCUUUCUCAUCGUGCCUGGACCUCCCCGUGCUGGUGUUAUAUCCAGCCUGUAUGUCGACGCGUCCAAUCGCUUCAUGCUCUCAGCAGCUGGCAAUCGAGGAUGGGAGGGCACAUCCACUGAGGUCCUGAUCGGAUACGAGAUCAAUGUGCCGCCAUAG